GCGUGCAAGCUCCGGUACAGAUGCCCUCUCCGUGCCUGCCUGCGGUUUGCCGGCCGCGGGAGUGUGACACAAAUUCAAACGCGUGUCAGCGUCUGCGCAGUGGGGUUGGGCGCAGUUCGUACUUGAGACGGAAGCGGAGUUUCCGGCUCUUUGCUACCGACUGAGAGGAGUGCUGACGCCGCCAAGCCCCAACGAAAAAGACCUUUGCUUUUUGGAAAACGUGCACUUGAUCGCCAGUUAUAAUAUCGUCGCAUCUGGGCUCGUUCCUGGUUCGGUCCGGACCCAGGGUUCGGUUCGGAGAGAGCAGAGGAGAGGCGCGGAGCUAACAAGGCAGGGGUGACCCACCAACUACCGGCAUGGCCCGCGACUACGAUUACCUCUUUAAGCUGCUCAUCAUCGGGGACAGCGGGGUGGGCAAGAGCAGCCUUCUGUUGCGAUUCGCAGACAACACAUUUUCAGGUAGCUACAUCACCACGAUCGGCGUGGACUUUAAGAUCCGGACGGUGGAGAUCAAUGGGGAGAAGGUGAAGCUGCAGAUCUGGGACACGGCCGGGCAGGAGCGCUUCCGCACCAUCACCUCCACGUACUACAGAGGGACCCACGGGGUCAUAGUGGUGUACGACGUCUCAAGCGCAGAGUCCUUCGUCAACGUCAAGCGAUGGCUGCACGAAAUCAACCAGAACUGUGAUGACGUGUGCCGGAUAUUAGUGGGGAACAAGAACGACGACCCCAACUCAAAAGUGGUGGAGACAAAUGACGCUCAGAAGUUUGCGGAACAAAUGGACAUCCGGCUCUUUGAGACGAGCGCAAAGGAAAACAUUAACGUAGAAGAGAUGUUUAACUGCAUCACAGAGCUGGUCCUUCGGGUGAAGAAGGAGUCGGUGGCCAAGCAGCAGCAACAGCAGAACGACGUUGUGAAGCUGACCAAGAACAGCAAACGCAAGAAGAAGUGCUGCUAAUGCCCCCCACACACACAUACACACACACACACACACACACACACACAAAACACAAACACAUAGACACACAGAAACACCUUUACACACAUACACAAACACAUAGACACACAGAAAUACCUUCACACACAUACAC